AUGGACCAGAGGAGGCGGAGGACCAGAGCAGCGGCAGACCAGAUCAGCGUGGGACCAGAGGAGGCAAAGGCUGGCUCGGCAGACGGGCAGAGGACAGAGCACUGCCAUGGCCCAUGGAGGCUGGUCCUCGCGGCUCAGGCUGCAGCAGCGACUUCUCCCGCAGCGGAGAACGUGUCCAUGUGGCGCGAGCAAAGAAUGGACCAGGGAGGCGGCGGCGGCGAGACGGCAGAGACAGAGCACUGCCAUGGCGCCAUGAGGAGGCUGAUCUCGCGCUCACUCGCUGGCAAUGACUUUCUCCCGGCGGGAGAGAAGCAGCGUCCAUGGCGAGGUGUGGCUUCCGGUUCUUCCUCGCUUCUCCCUUCAUUGAUUACCCGCAUCCCCCAGCAGUUGAAAGUGAAGAUAUGUCAGAAGUGCGAGAUUGGAUCGCUAUGGGACUAUGGGCUAUGUAGUGCACAGGUAAUAAUGCAACGGCAAAGGUGUACGUGGAGUAGAGGAUUGCAUGAAGAAGUUUGCAGAUUUGGACCGAGCUUUUGGCUAGAACUGAUCUUCUGCUAUUUAAUACCAAAUAAACGAUUUUCACAUGACAUUGCAUAUGCCCAGAACCUUUGCUAUUUCCUGAAGGAUGGUUUUCGUGGAAGGAAAUUCACCCCAUCGAGAAGCAAAUAUUGGCUACAUUUUUUUUAUGGGAAAUCAGAGAGACGGACACCCGAGAUAUACUUGGGGAUUAGAAACAUAAUCAUGAACAAGUUUCACUUUAAUCCUGAAGUGCAUCUGGAGUCCAAAGAUUUGUGCGAGUUGUCAAUUGGGGAGAUGGAUGCUCGUCUGGUAAUCUUGGAGUUUUUGGCCCAUUGGGGCCUAGUUAAUUUCCACCCUUUUCCACCAGUUACGCAGGAACGCAAGCUGGUUGAGAGUAAAAGUAGUGCUGAGAUAGAGGAUGAAAUUUCUCCGGUUGAUAAGUUAUUUCAGUUUGAAACAGUUCAUUCGUACCUGGUACCUGUUUCAAAGAAAGCUGAAGCAAUAUCUCCAGUUCAGUUCACUAGCUUGCUCUCUGAGCCUACACUAGCUGAAGAUGCGAUAGGUGCAGCUGAGUCUUCUGUUGAGUAUCACUGCAACUCCUGCUCAGUUGAUUGUUCAAGAAAGUGUUAUCAUUGUAGGACUCAGUUGUACAUUGUUAUGAGCUUUGGAGAAAACAAAACAGGGGUUGCAGGACAACACAGAGAAACAGCUCAGCAAAUAGGAUUGAAUGAGAUAUAUGUGCUGUGA